AUGGAAGAUUCAGCACUGGAAGAUUCAGCACUGGAAGAUUCAGCACCAGUGGAUUCUAAAUCAGAUGAUUGUGCAGUUGAACUUUCAACAGUAGAAGAUGCAACAGAAGAAGAUUCAGCAACAGUGGAUUCUAAAUCAGAUGAUUGUGCAGUUGAACUUUCAACAGUAGAAGAUGCAACAGAAGAAGGUUCAGCACUGGAAGAUUCAGCAGAAGAAGAUUCAGCAGUGGAGGAUUCAGCAGUGGAGGAUUCUACAUCAGAUGAUUGUGCAGUUGAACUUUCAACAGUAGAAGAAGCAACAGAAGAAGGUUCAGCACUGGAAGAUUCAGCAGUGGAGGAUUCAGCAGUGGAGGAUUCUAAAUCAGAUGAUUGUGCAGUUGAACUUUCAACAGUAGAAGAUGCAACAGAAGAAGAUUCAGCACUGGAAGAUUCAACACUGGAAGAUUCAGCAACGGUGGAUUCUAAAUCAGAUGAUUGUGCAGUUGAACUUUCAACAGUAGAAGAUGCAACAGAAGAAGAUUCAGCAGAAGAAGAUUCAGCAGUGGAGGAUUCAGCAGUGGAGGAUUCUAAAUCAGAUGAUUGUGCAGUGGAGGAUUCAAUAGCAGAAGAUUCAACACUUGAAGAUUCAACACUGGAGGAUUCAGCACUGUAUGACUCAAUACUGGAUGAUUUACCUGCUGAUGAAGGAACAGCUUCACUUGAGACUGGGGAACUUGAAGAUUCAAUGAAUGAUGAAGAAUCAUUUUCACUAGAAGAUUCAACAACUAACGAAGAAAUAAUAUUGCUUGAGGAUUCAACAGCAGAUGAUGGGACACUAGAUACAAUCUCAUCACUAGACGAUACAACAACUGAAAUACUAGAGUCAUACACAGAUGAUCGAGUAGUUGAAAAAUCAGAAGAUGAAGACACAACAUCAAAUGUACUAGAAGCAUCAACAAUUGCGGACGACUCGGUGAUUAAACUGGAAGAAACAUACUCAAACGACGAAAAGUUUUCAAUCGAACUAUUUGAAUAA